GCGGGGCGAACGGGACCGGGCCGGGCGGGGCUGGGCGCUGUCCGCGGUGCUGAGGGCGGCGCGGGCGCUGUCCGCGGUGCUGCAGGAGCGGCCCGGUCCCUCCCGGCGGCGGGAGCCGGCCCAUGCUCCUCGGCCAUGGAGGCCCGCGCCGCCGGCCCGGGGGGGGCUGGCUACAACGAGGCCCUGCUGCACAAGACAAUCCUGGUCGGAGACAGCGGUGUGGGGAAGACAUCUCUGCUGGUCCAGUUUGACCAGGGCAAGUUCAUUCCUGGCUCCUUCUCCGCCACUGUGGGCAUUGGGUUUACGGUGAUGUUACUUGGAGACUCAGGCGUGGGGAAAACCUGCUUCCUACUUCAGUUCAAAGAUGGGGCCUUUCUCUCCGGGACGUUCAUAGCCACCGUGGGCAUAGAUUUCCGGAACAAAGUGGUGGCGGUGGAUGGUGUGAAGGUGAAACUGCAGAUAUGGGACACGGCAGGACAGGAGCGUUUCCGCAGUGUCACCCACGCCUACUACAGGGAUGCCCAAGCCCUGCUGCUGCUUUACGACAUCACCAGCAAGAUGUCCUUCGACAACAUCCGCGCCUGGCUGACGGAGAUCCACGAGUACGCCCAGAAGGAUGUGGUCAUCAUGCUGCUGGGCAAUAAGGCUGAUGUGAGCAGCGAGAGGGCUGUGAGGACAGAGGAUGGAGCAUCGCUGGCCAGGGAGUACGGGGUGCCUUUCAUGGAGACAAGUGCCAAGACAGGCAUGAACGUGGAGCUGGCCUUCCUGGCCAUUGCCAAGGAGCUGAAGCAGCGCGCGAUGCAGCCACCAGACGAGCCCCGCUUCCAGAUCCAUGACUACAUCGAGUCACAGAAGAAGAAAUCCGGCUGCUGUGCCUUUGCCUGAGAGCGACCAGGAGGAGCUGGCAGCCCUGGGGGUGCAGGCAGGCAGGAGGCAGAGCAGGGGCCCAAUCCUACCCUCAAGCACCUGAGGGAAUCAGGUUCUGACAAGCCAAGCAUGGAUGGGACAAUAUGACAGAGCAGAGAGUGCACAAGGAGAGCCAUCGUUCCAGCACCAAGGACCAGGGGCCAGAUCCUGCUGCUCUGUGGGGCAAUGCCUAGAGCUUACUGUGUGCCACUGGGACAACAACUGCAGUGUGAUGACUGCCAGCCUGGCCAGUAAGCCACAGUGCUGCCCCCAUCACCCAAGCAGGAUGCAGGAUACAGCCCCACACCUGGCUGAGAGCCCCUUGGAGCCACUGCAGGGGCUGUGUGUGCACCAUGGAUGAGUACCUGUGCAGCCCCUGGCCGUCCCCUCCCCUGCAGCCAUCCCUGCUCCCAGCGCUGCUCCCAUCUGGCUGGAAGGGUCUGAUCCAGCCCCUGUGUCCCUGAUGCUGCUGGGCUAUUGCUUCCCUCCAGGGAGCCUUGGCUCUGCCCCCCAGGCUGCCCCACACCUGGGUGCAGCCAAUGCCCACACUUGGCUGAGGCUCCUCACUGCUGCAGUUGCUGCCGUCGGCUUUUAUCCUCCUGCUGCCACGAGGGCAGUGAUACCCUGGUUGUGUCCCGGUUCUGCCGAAGGAAGGGCUGGGAUGGGGAAGCAUCUAGCCAAGCCUGUUGCCUGCCCACACAGCUGGCAUGAGAAAUAAAACUAUCCUGGGAGCACCCAAGCGACACUUGGGGCACUUCUAGUACACAUGGCAAUCUGGAAAAACAUUUAUUUCCCCCCUUCUUGUUGCCACAGGAAUUAGAGACUUUAAAAAAAAAUAAAAAAAAAAAAGAGAAAAUCCUUUUUCUUUUCAAUCCCUCCAGACAAAACCAUCUCUGGCCUCACGCAGGCUGGAGCUGGUGGGGUGGAGGUGUCUGCAGUGGCCUGGGGCUGCUGUUGCCUGCCGGCUCCCAGGGCAGGCUGGGUUUCUCUGCCGUUGCUGCACAUGUAAUACAACUGUUUCUUCCUGCUGCUGGCAAAUAGCAGCUGAAACCCACUCUCUGGAAAGCAGAUGCCUGAGAUGCUUCAGCCAGCAAACGCUGCUACAUUGGGCACUGGCGGGGUGCAAGCCUUGUGCAUUGCUGCACAUCCCCAGUGCUCAGCCUGACCCUGCCAGCACACUGCCGGCACUAUCUGGGGCAGUGACGGGUGAAUAUUUGGUUAUGUAGCUGAAGAGCUCAUGUGAAGGGGAGCUGUGAAGGGGAUGGCACUGCUGCAUGUAGGAAUUGGGGACAGUCCGGCACAUCCAUCCCUCCUAGCACCUUCCCUGGCUGCCUUCACCUCCCACCUGCCUUGGUGCUGCCUUCACCUCUGCUCUGCUCCCAGGUCUCUCUUUGCAAGUUUAUAGAUUAAAGCUGUGUAUUUUCAA